AAAUCACAAAUGCAUACAAUGUUUUACGUAACUUAGCAUCAAGGAGAGAUUAUGACAAGGAGAUUGGAACGUACUUCACUAUGAGAGGUUCAAAGAAGAAGGAAAGUGGAGAGAAGGUUUUGCGGCUGACAGAUGAAAUGUUGGAAAUAGAUAUGCGAGGAAUUAAACAGAGUCAAGUGUUUCUCAGCACAAUUGCAACUUUAAGCACAAUAACCUGUACACCAGUACGACUGAUGAAUGUGUCAGUAUCAGAUGGUGGACUGCAGUCACAUGACAUGAGAGUGUUACAGCUGCUGCGGCAAAUCUCCAGUGGAACACUUGCAGCUAAUACAGGACUGUCUAUGGUAACUAAUGUCCCUAGCGAGCUAGUUGGAGGGAAUUUCUCUGCAGAGGCUGGACGACUGGGUCACUUAAACCUGUUGGUCACAUCAGCCCUUCCAUGCUGCCCAUUUCUACCAAUUCCUGAAUACACAAGAUUUAACAGACUUCACAUAAAAGGUUCAACCCAUUCCUACAAGGCAGUCAUUAAUGCAGACUACAUCCAAAAUAUUAUGAAGCCGUUGGUUGGCAAGUUUGGAUUUGACUUUAACUUUGACAUUCGUAAAAGGAGUUAUCAUCCAUACUGGGAGGGUAAAAUAUGUGUAGAGAGUCUCCCAGUCCACAGUUUGACUCCUGUUGUAAUGAAAGAAAGUGGCACUGUAAGGGAAAUCACAGGUUGGGCAUUUGUUGCUGGAGCAAAGCCUGUCAGGAUUGCUCAGGUUAUGGCGAAGCAGGCGCAUCAGAUGUUAAAGACUCAAUUCCCACAAGUCCCACUGGAUAUCGAUAGCAGACGAGACAGAGACUGUAGAAGUGAAGGGACAGGGCAGGGGCUGAUGCUAAUUGCAAAAAUGUCAUCUGGCGUUUUGCUGUCCGGAACUGCCAUAUGGGAAAAAGGAAUGGCUCCAGUGGAGGUUGUUUCUAAAGCUGUCCAGAUGCUGGUGAAUAAUGUGAACAGCGGUUCGUGCAUCGAUAGGCUGUUACAGGAGCAUGCUAUUUUACUGAUGGCAUUGGUCUGCGGAAGGUCGUCCAUACGGAUGCAGCGGCUCACCAAUCGAGCUAAAGCUACGAUGCUGGCUGUGGAGACGUUUACAGAGGUGGAGUUUAAAAUCAGUUCAAAGACACCGAAGACUGUCUUGGUUGAAUGCGAGGGCCUGGGACUUCUUAAUGAGCACGUGUUGGCGGAUGACAAUUUGACAUAUGAAUCAGCAGAUGGCGAACUUCAAUCAGAUGACGAAUACGAAACAUCUGAGGAGCUGGAUUCUGAUAAUGAAACAUUUCGUAGCGAGGAAAAAGUUGAUGAACUCGAAAGAAUGAAAAAGACGAUCUGAAUCAGAGGGAAAGCCGAUUUUUAUGUCGGUCGUAAAUGAGCUUCGCCGCUGUAGGGUUAGGGUCCCAGCUUGCCUAGCGGUCGUGCCUAAGGAAGUUACAGUGAGGCAUAACUGUUUUUAUGCCAUUCCGCUUGUAAGACUCGGACUGAUAGCUCAGUCACUGUAUUUACAUGGAAGAACGCAGAAGCGAGCUAGAAAAUGAGAAGAUGUGCGAAAAUAAGGUAGUUUGUGGAUACUUCGAAAAAUGGAAAAUGUUGAUCGGCUCUGUUCCUGAAAUUCUAAAAUAAAACAACCUACAAAUUCUCGGUAUAUUCCGACGAAUGACUAACGCUCGCAACGUCAGCUUUAGAAACUCUUUACAGUGGACAAUUUACAUUAACAAGAUAUAACUAAAUUAUCGUGCAAUACAACCUUCGCCCAACCGAUGUAACACCACAGUACCUUAGAAACUUACCCCCUUACUCCGUUUCACCAUGCUCUAUCGACUCAAAUAACCUUAAUACUCCUUCAUCAAGACUCGAGGUCAUGCGGUUGUGUUCCGUUUUACAUGUAGAACCUUUGUCUCUAACGAGUUGGCGUUUUCCUAAACACAGACAAAUUGUGUGGUUCACUGUGUCCAUUCAAGUUUACCAAAUCUCAGUAUCGGUUCAUUAUCUCACAAGCGUACUAAAGUUCGAUAUUCAGUCACCUGCUAUGAUAAACAAAUCUAUAGGGUUUUUUCCUAAUAACUCCACGAAAAGUGGUUUUUAAGGUCCUUUGAGAUAAAAUAAUCAUUAAAUUAUAUCGUCUUUUUUACAGAA